UCUGACAUGCAGGAACAACAACUGCAGGAAACCGUAAACCCACAUUAGUCUGCGUCCACUGAGGCGGAGAGUCUGUGUUUGCAGACUCCAUGGAUACAAACAUCUGCAGACCUUUGUCUCCUCAUUUACGAGUGGUGAAGAGGUGUGAGAGCCAAACCUCCAAACUCUUUUACCGAUGAAGAACUUUAAGGCACUUUCUGAGUCGACCAGCAAAACAUGUUCGUCACAAUCCUAAUUGGAGGUGAGUUCCUGUACUGCUUUGAGGGGUGUGUUUUUUGCAGGAUGUUGACAAAUAUAGUUUCCAUGGCAGAUAACAGGAUGGAGCUGUUCAACCUCAACUGUAAGCUGGUCAAUUUCAUCCAUCUCUUGAAGGAGAAGUGUGGUCUGGAUUUUAAAGACUGUGUGGAGUUGAUGGACAGCAGCGGACGAGUGGUGAACCUGGAGGCCAAGCAGCACAGCCGGGAUCUGGCCUCCAGCGUGCUGACACAGAGGCAGUUCUACAUCCCGCUGAGGGUCCUCCGAGAUGAUCCUUCUGGAAGUCAGGAAUAUGUUUCCCUCCUAAACAACUACAGCUCAGGUCAACCUGAACUAGCAGAGCUGCUGAGGAAGCUGUCAAAUGCAAACAAGGAGGGAGACGGAAAGAAGAGAAGACGAUGCACACAAAAAAACUAAGGCAUCACUGCCAACAAGAGCUCAUGAGUUUGUGAACAGGUUUCCAACUCACAAGUCAAAGGAAUUUUGCAUAUAGCUGCUGGUUUUUUCAUUGGGUCACAAAGGUUACAAAUAAAUAAAAAGCAGUGAUUGUCAUGACUUUGUUUCCAUGUUUUAAAUAUCUGUAAA